AUGCGGAAGGAGAUAAGUGCACGCUUGGUGCUGUGCUUCGCAGCAGCAAAUAUAGUUGCCCUCGGCUCCGGGUCGCAGUACUUCUACAGCUAUUAUGCCCCUCAAUUACUGGCGCGUUGCGGAGUGCCUAUGGAGGCGUCGGGCUUUCUGAGUGCGGGAUUGAGUGUGGGCACGUCAUUCAUGGGUAUUCUCUGUGGGUGGAUAAUUGAUCAAUAUGGGCCACAAGUUUCGUGCAUGGUUGGCGCCGUUUGCAUGUUCUUGGCGUAUGGCAGCCUUCGUUAUUGCUACAUUCACAUGGUCGGUAAUCAGAUCUUUCUAUUUCUGGUGUUGAUACUUCUGGGAUAUGGCUGUGUAUCGAGCUUUUUUGCUGCGAUCAAAUGCUGUAUGGUGAAUUUCCCAGAGUACCGCGGUACUGUUGUGGCCGUCCCGUUCUCGGUUUUUGCUCUAUCAUCUAUGAUCUUUUCGGUGACGUGUUACCGCUUCUUCGGAGAUGACAUCGAGGCUGUAUUCACGUUUCUACUUACAGUAUGUCCAGCGACUGCACUAUUAGGGGCCUGCACGCUGAACAUUGUCCCGCAGUGCGAAGCGCAGUCGCCCGAAGUGGUUGCCAAGAGUUCUCCAGAUACUUGGCAUAGCAAUUACGGGUCAAUAUCCGGGUCACUCGAGCUGCCACCGACCGAUGCAAGUGUUGCUGGCAUUCCUGAGCAGCGAAGAUUAAUUGAAGCCGGGCAGGAGGCGGCAGGGCCGCGGAUAGGCCUGGCCAAAGCACUCCUAACUGUGGUCACCCAAUAUCGCUUUGUUGGCUAUUAUGUGGUUCUAGCCAUUCUGCACGGGGUAGGUCAGCUGUACAUCUAUUCUGUGGGCUAUAUUGUCGAUAUACAGCUGGAGUCGAACCCUUCACCAUCACUCAAUAAAGAGGAAGUGCAGUCACUACAGAUCUCUAUCAUAUCAGUAUUUUCCUGCCUUGGCCGCAUAUCCUCAGGGCCAAUUUCUGACCUGCUGGUGAAGCAGUUCAACUAUCAGCGGCUGUGGCUCAUCCUACUUGCUUCCUUAUUUGUGUACCUUGCAGCAGGUGCUCUUAUCACAGAUACUUUUUCCUCAUUGGUAUUUGCUGACGCGAUGCCGGCGGUGGUCAAAAAUAUCUCAGUCGCCUCGCUGCUAUUCGGCCUGGAGUAUGGAGUGACAUUCGGCACUUAUCCAGUCAUCAUUGCCGAUGCCUUUGGCACCGAUCUCUUUAGCACGAUAUGGGGGGUACUGACUACUGGGAGUGUUUUUACUCUAGAAUAUUUCAGCAAAAUGCUGGCACAGGAUAUCGCUAGGCAUACAUCGACAGGCUAUGAAAAGUGCAUUAAAGGCGCAAAAUGUUAUCUCUACACAUUCCAUGUGGUCCAAUUUGCGACCGUUUUCAUAUCUGCAUUGAUCUUAGUUAUUGUUGUUCAAGAGCGCAGGAGGAAGAGCAGGUCUCGGAUGAAUGGACACAUUGACAAUGAAUGA